AAAUGUAAAGUAGCAACUAAUUUUAGAAGCUUUCUUAAGGCAUUGAAGUUUUUUAGUAUGCAUUUUAACUGUUUUGAUAAAUACGUGUUUGCCCGUUAGGCCGGAGCAGUCUAGGACAUAACAACCUAAACGUUUACCGCUCAAAAGCACGUGAAACCAAAAACAACACAAAUAUAAAUACUGCCAUGCCGGAGAAUUUGGGCUUUGAUGUGUUCGACUCCCUGUUCACCGCACCAAUAGAGAUUCAACAGCAGCAUAAUGCCAGCGACAAUCGAAUACACUCGGCGAAAAAGGCACGCAGACUCGCCGAACAAAUUGCGGAGACCGACAAGCUGCGCCGUCAGUUUGAGGACCAAAAGCAGCAGCUGCGCGAACUGCAACGAACUGCGAACGAAGUGACCGAAAUUUAUCAGCGGGAAAAACAGCAACGCGUGGAACUCGAACUCCGCACGGUGGCAAACAGUCAACUGUGCGAGGACUUGAAGCAGCAACUAGAGGAUCAGCGGAUAAGCUGUGAACAGCUGCAGGACCAGCUACAUGUCAAAGUGCUGCCGAUACAAGUCGAAGAUAUGGUUCGCAUGUAUAUGCAGCGCAUUGGCCGCGAUGCGCACGCCGGUGUCACCACACGACCAGAGCGCAUGAUGAUUAUGCAGCUAACAGAAUACUGUAGUUCGGCAAAUAUUUCCAUACCUCAGCUGAAGAAGCGAACAAAACCACAGCAGCAGCAACAGGAACUGCAGCCACCGCAGAAUGUGGUGCCCAGUAGAUCGGAAAUGUGUUCGAUUGCCGUGCAAACGGACGAUGUGCCCAGCAGGCCGGCAAUGUGCUCGAUUGCUGUACAAACGGAAAAGUUGUCCACCCGGAAUCAGGGCAUACAGCACAAGAAUACGACAACAACGCGGGCAACGACAACAGCCUCGUUAAUACAAACGAACGAUGUGGGUACGUCGUGUCCAUAUGCGAAACCUGCUCCAAAUGCUCAACAGAUUCUAGAUGAGAUGCUCUCGUGGCGCAAAACACCAGUGAGUCCCAUCUGUGAUCCGCCCGAUGCAGUGGCAACUGCAACGGUAACGGCAACAACAACAACAUGCAGCAUGGGCACUUGCACGGAUCUGUGCAAUGUGUUGCGAGCGAUUGACUUUCUGCCCAAGGUGCCGGCAACGGUGAAGUGCUCGGAUUCGAGGCCACCGUCACGUGGCAAUUACGAAAGUGUCAAAGAUGAGAUGGCGAUGCCAACCGAUUUAAGCGGCUAUAGCCAUGACACGCCCAAGAAUCUGCUGGGCUUUUUGCCACACAACCAAAGCAUUUUGGCCAAAAUGCCACCGCAAGACUUCGAGGAAAUCUGGCAAGUUCUGGGCAAAAUGAUUCUCGUCGCUCUACGUCACCCAACGAACGCCAUUAGCCAAGCGGAUUGUCACAGCUGGUUCGACGAACUACUGGAAAUUUCAAUAAACCAACCAAAUAAUGUGGCAUGCGACAGCAACAACCAAAAUGAUGGCGAUGAGUUUACGGCAGCAUCAAAAAAACCAACGCCUAUUGAUAUUGGCACCGAACCCAUUAAGGAGUCGUCAUCGCAACCGAAAAUUGGCUUAGAACUGACGCCAAUCCGGCUGCCACCGGUACCGAAGAUCAAUCCAAAGACGAACAAGGUACAAAAAACCGUGCCACACUCAACAAACGCACCCGAGCAGGAGCAGCCAAAUGAAACUGCUGUUCACUUCCUAAGCAACUUAUAUGCUUAUCACAAGCCGAACUUGGAUAAUUUAGACAUUGAACUGGAUGCCGAGGAGCGUCAAUUGCUGCAUCUGACGACGGCGACAUUAAUACCAAAUCAACAGCUACAAAAUGUGCCAGUAUAUUGCGAGCAAGUUGCUCACCAAUUGCCACAAAUCGGAAAUGCUGCAGUGGACAGUCAAAAACAACUAGUUCAAGCUGCUGAUAGUGAGCAAGUGGCCAAUGCAGAUGAACAUCUACUACCUAGCAUAAGCAAUGCAGCAGCAAACAGUCCUAAACUGCCAAAUGCCGCUUUAGAUUGCGAGCCAGGUAACCCAAUAACGGUUAAUGCAAAGGAGCAAAGAUUGCCAGAAAUUUGCUCGUCACCUGUUGAUGGUGAGCAUGUUGCCGCGAAAGAUAGCAACCAGCAGCUGACAUUGUCUUUGUUUGGCAACGAUGCGGAUUCCGAAGAUGAAGAAGCAGAAAUGCUUACGCAUGAGCAAACUUCAAAUCGUCUUAUACAGAUAGCACCUGAAGAAGAUGCAAUCCAUUCGGAUGAGGACAGCAUUGACGACGACCACAAUUUGAUCAUCGAUGAAGCUUACUCGCAGAGCUACCCUUGCUCCGUUGAUGACAACCAGGGCAGUACUCCAGAUUGCAUAACAAUGCCACAGGAAAACGAUGAGAAGCCUGCUCAACAGUUGCAUGUUGACAAGCGCAAGCGAAAGUCAAGCAGUAUGUGUGAGUCGCAGCCGGUUGUUAAGCGAUUCACGCGACUGCAGGCCAAGAAGCAGCUAUUGUUGGAAUCGGACAAUUUGAAAAGUGAAGUGCAGCCAAGCUGUAUUUAUGAUUGCUCCCCCAUGUCACCAAUUGCCACAAACGGUUGCGAGGAGAGUGAGCAGAGCGAGCCCAUUGAAAUACCACUGGAGCCACCUGUCGGCGAACAGGGCGAGAGUGCACCAAAGGCGCUGUUGUGUUACGUCAUCAAUUCACUCAAAGAUGGCACCAAGCAACGUGGCAUCCGCAAACAGCAGCAGCAGACGCAGAUGAGCAGUAAACAAUCGGAUCAACUUAAGCGGCAAAUCAUCGCUUACUUAAAGCACCCGGCACCGUCAGAGUUGGAGACGUGUGCCCAGCUCGUAAAUACAGACGAUAAUCAGGAUGUUGUUAUCAAUGCCAUUAUCUCGGCAUCCUCUGAACUGAAGGAUAACAAUGCCUUGGAAGUUCUGCUUUGUGUGCUGGUGCCUUGUAAUUUCAAGAGAUCCUUGUUGAUAGAGCGUCUAAUACACCGAUUGGAGCAGUGUUUGUUCCACCCGAAUAAACGAGGCACGACCCAGUUGGCUCUCGAAUAUGUGCGACUUUCUUUGCAGUUGAUGCGACUGCAGGCAAACCUCGCUGAACCGCUAGAGUAUCAGAAUCAGAAUCCGGCACGCUUAUUGCUGACCAAAAUACUGUAUCACUAUAACAGGGAUAUGACGCUGCUGGUGCUGGAGGUACUCAGUCAUUUCCCAACGGUGCUGCCGCAUCGCGAGGAGCGUGCCUAUGAUAAUGCCGAUCCUCUAAUUACGGUCAUCAAGCAUUGCCUCAUGUGUCACAAGUACGAAGUCCAGGCACCCGACGGCCCCGAUCGUGCACUGUUGUCCGCACUGCGCUUUCAAUAUCACUUCCAGCCGUUCGAGCCUACCAGGCAGCAGGUGAUCACGAAUCUGGUGGAGAAACUUAAAGCUGGCCAUGUUCAUCAGCUCAGCUAUGCCUUUGCCCUGUUUUGCAAGUGCGUUCAGGGUUCGUUUGCAAUCAAGGACGUGCUGGCGGCACAGUUGCUGCCGCUGGUCGACGACUACUGUGGUUUGUGCACCCGGAGUGAGGAGUACGAUGGGCGCAUGGAGUGCCUGCUGCAGUGCAUAUCGAUGAUUGUCAAACAGCUGCCGCUGGACAGCAAGAUCGACAUAUCGGUGUAUAUAGCGCUAUUCCAGCAAGUGUUGGUGGCGGUGCCACGCCCGCAGGUGCAACAAGCAGCCGUUCAGGCCAUUCUGCGCACGCAGCGCUUCGGUUACGCCUUUGCCUUGGAUGCCCUGCGCAGCUACAGGCCCAACUAUCCGCUAACGUCCAUGACCCGAGCGAUGCUGCGCAGCUUUGCGGAGCGACGGUGGCAGUAUAAGCACCCUCAUUGAGAUGAUGAAUUUUUAUUUGAUAGAUUGAUAAUUGGUAUGAAUUUUAUCUAUUUA